UAGGUUCCUGCUCUAACCACCAGCAAAUGACAGAUUUCGACCGAACACUGAAAAUGGAUGCGGAGAGAGAACAACAUAGUAAUUUCCAUAGUGGAAUUGAGACAGUCACGUGUGAAGAAGAUCUUCAUGAUGAAGAUUAUCCGACUUACCUUCAGUCUAUCAGGAACCAAGUGUCCAUGUUCAGUGUGAGGUCUGUGAGACAUUACAGACUGACUGCAGUGAGUCUGUUACUUCUUGCUGCUGUUCUCCUGAUACUUAAUAUUGGCCUGGGAGUUCACUACGACAAGCUCACAGAUACUUAUUUCACACUUGAUGAUACUGAACGCAUCAGUAAAGAGCUCAUCGACCUCCAGGAUACUUACAAGUCUGCAGUAGAGAGAAUUAGAAGUACCAAGAAGAGGCUGAACAGUAAUAUAAGCCAUCAGAAACUAACCAGCUGGGAACUUGAACACCAGACAAAAAGAAGCAAUGACUAUAAAAGUCAUAUUGAUAAAAUCACAAAGGAAAUUGAAACCAUGAGAUCAUACUUACCAAUGCUUAGCGAUGGCUGCAAACACUGUCCUGCAGGAUGGAUUUUAAUGAACUCUGUAUGUUACUACUUCCCCUUGAAAUCAAAUGAAAUCAAAACAUGGAAGGAAUCCAGAGAUUUCUGUCAGCUGCAGGGAGGAGAUCUUAUAAUCAUAGACAGCCAAGACGAAGAGAACUUGACAGUAAAUUACCUGAUGAAUCAUCAAGAUGCCCCGCUACAGACUGGCGACCUAUUCAGUGACCAACCCACCUUUCAACAUUACAUGAGUUAUAUAGACCACUCCAUGAUACACGACUACUCAGAUUAUUAUGAAGAUGCCUCUGGGAUGAUGCCUCAGUCAAAUCCAAAAUCCCCAAAGGCUUUCUGGAUUGGACUGAGUGAUGUCCAAGAGGAUGGCACUUGGAAAUGGUGGGAUGGCACAUUCCUUACUGAGGGGUACUGGAACGAUGGAGAGCCAAAUGAUGUCAGCAAUGAGGACUGUGCAGCGUUGUAUCCUAAAGCAAACUUCUUCAAGAGCUGGAACGAUGUUAGAUGUGACACCCAAAUGAAAUGGAUUUGUGAAAAAGCACCAAAAUCCAUGAGCUAAAAUAUCUGUAAUACAAUUUUACAUAUGUACAUGCUACUAUAACACAAAUAUCUGUAUAUAAUACAGUACAACACCUAUAUAAAAUGUAGGUGGUAUAUAAAAUAAACAGUUGUUUAUAAUAUGUUUUUUCUUUAUAAUAAUAAUAAUGGAUUGCAUUUAUAUAGCGCUUUUCGAGACCCUCAAAGCACUUUACAAUUCCACUAUUCAACUGUGUAUACCAGG